UUUUUUUUUUUCGUAGUUAACCAAGUUCUGUUUCAACAUCCAUGGACAGCACCAGUAACAAUGAAGUCACCCGUUUAUGGAGGGUAUUCCGUACUACACAUCAAAUGGUUCACGAUAGAGGAUACCUUGUAUCUCAAUCCGAACUUGGUAUGGAACUAGAUAUAUUCAAGCGAACUUAUGCCCCAUCUGGUGACGUUGAUCGCGACCAUUUGACGUUUGUUGUCCAAAAGAAGGAUGAUCCUACUGAUCAAUUACUUGUAUUCUUCCCCAAGGACAAGUCUGUAGGCGUGAAACCAUUAAGAGUGUUUGUCGAACGUAUGGCUCAACAACAAAUCCCUAAAGGUAUUUGUGUAUAUCAAAAUAGUUUGACAGCUUCCGCCAACAAGGUGAUGCAAUCAUUACCUUCUAAACAUACGCUAGAAUCCUUCCAUGAAAACGAAUUAUUGGUCAACAUCACUCAUCACGUCCUUGUACCAAAACAUGAAGUUCUUACCAACGAAGAAAAGGCUGCCUUGUUGCAAAGAUACCGUUUGAAGGAAACUCAAUUACCACGUAUACAACAUAGUGAUCCAGUCGCCCGGUAUUAUGGUUUGAAGCGUGGACAAUUUGUCAAGAUUUUACGGGAAAGUGAAACAGCUGGCCGAUAUGUUAGUUAUAGAUUAUGCAUUUAAACAAAAAUCUUUUAUUUUUUCAUUUUUACUUUUUUUUUUUUCUUAUUGAUGUACAUCAACCCUACCUUCCACUCUACCCUUCAUCAUCCCUUAUUCUUUCAAAAACAUCCCUACUGAAGAAUCAUACAGGACAAUAUCUCUCUCUUUUUUUCAUUUUGUUUAUUUAUUCCUUCCACUUUUUUUUUUUUUUUUUUUUUUU